GCCGCCAGACGUGCCGGCGGUCACAGGGCUCCGCACGUCGCUCCCGUCCACCCACUCGCCCGCAUUUAACCCGGCCCGCGGCCGCCCGCCGCUCCUCAGCCCGCGCGGCGCGGGCGCGGCAUGAGCAGCAGCAGCGGCAGCGGCACCGGCAGCGCCCGCAGCCCCUGCCCGCCCUGAGCGCCCCGCUCCGCCCGCGCCCCCCGCCAUGGAGCGCAUCCCCAGCGCGCAGCCCCCGCCCGGCUGCCUGGGCAAGCUGCCCGCCCUGGACGGCGGAGACCUGCCGGGGCUGGACUUCGCGCACAUGUACCAGGUGUACAAGCCCCGGAGGGGCUUAAAGAGGAGCGAGGACAACAAGGAGACCUACAAGCUGCCGCACCGGCUGAUCGAGAAGAAGAGGCGCGACAGGAUCAACGAGUGCAUCGCGCAGCUGAAGGACCUGCUGCCCGAGCACCUCAAGCUGACGACUCUAGGUCACCUGGAGAAGGCUGUGGUUCUGGAGCUCACCUUGAAGCACGUGAAGGCGCUGACCAAUCUCAUCGAGCAGCAGCAGCAGAAGAUCAUCGCCUUGCAGAACGGUUUGCAGGCGGGUGACCUGUCAUCGAGAAACCUUGAUUCCAGCCAGGAAAUGUUUCGAUCCGGUUUCCAGAUGUGUGCCAAGGAAAUGCUGCAAUACCUGGCAAAGCACGAGAACGGCAAGGAGCUGAAGUCGUCGCAGCUGGUCAGCCACCUGCACCGGAUGGCCAGCGAGGUGCUGCAGGGCGGGGCCGCCCGCAAGCCCGGGGACAUCCCUCCCAAAAUGCUGGACUUGAAGGAGAAGCCGGCGCCCCUGGGCGCGGCGGGCGAGGGCCACGGGAAGAACUGCGUGCCCGUGAUCCAGCGGACAUUCGCUCACUCCAGCGGGGAGCAGAGCGGCAGCGACACGGACACGGACAGCGGGUACGGGGGAGAGCUGGAGAAAAGUGACUCCAAAUCGGAACAGCCCUAUUUCAAAAAGGAUACCGACCUCAAGUACGCUGUCCAGGAGAGAAUAAGCUCUAUUAAGCAAGAGACUGAGGACCCGCCGGCCAAAAGGAGCAGGCUGGAGUCGCCGCAGGACGAGGGCCCUUUUGGCAGUGACGUGAUGGGCUCUGCCGGCGGCUUCCUGGGCCCCCACGCUCACCAGCCUCCCCUGUGCCUGCCUUUCUACCUGAUCCCGCCGUCCGCCACCGCCUACCUGCCCAUGCUGGAGAAGUGCUGGUACCCGGCCUCGGUUCCCGUGUUGUACCCCAGCCUGCCGGCCUCUGCCGCAGCACUGACCGGCUUCAUGAACCCCGACAAAAUCUCCCCCCCUCUGCUGAUGCCCCAGAGACUCCCUUCUCCUGUACCAGCCCAUUCCCCCAUCGACUCCUCGGCUCUGCUUCAAGCUUUGAAGCAGAUUCCUCCUUUGAACUUGGAAACCAAAGACUGAGCGCAGUGUGACUGGUUUUUCUUUUUUUUUUUUCUUUUUUUGUUUUUUUUUUUAGUUUGAGAGACUGUUUCACUUUUAUAUAUUGGCUGGACUGAGGUGUGGGGAUGAGGUUCACUGUGCGUAGGAAGCUAAAUCCCCUUUUCUCUGACUUGUCAGGUAGCUUGAAGAAGGAUGAAGGAUGCGCCCAGGUUAGCAAUUGACAACUACUUCCAAAAGAUUAAAGAAGGAUUUUGUGCUUGGCCCCUUCCCUUCUUCCCUCUCCACAUCUACAGAGCAACAGUUGACUCGGUCAGCUGCGAAUCUAUUGCAAAGCUGUGAAGAAAUAUUCCAUUGGGCAGACCUGGUUUGAGGGUCUGCAGAUACAAAAUACAUGAAUAUAAACCACGGUACUUCCCUGAGCGGCCCUGGAGGCAGCGGCCCCGCUGGCUCACCUGAGCUGGGCUGCUGUCCCAGUGACCCCGAGAGUGGAGGGUGGUGGUGGCAAUGCCACCGUGAGCACAGGGGGGAGCAGGGCAGUGGUCACUGUGGUGUGGUGGUGGCAAUGCCACCGUGAGCAGUGGUCACUGUGGUGUGAUGGUGGCAAUGCCACCAUGAGCACAGGGGGGAGCAGGGCAGUGGUCACUGGUGCUGGUGGCAAUGCCACCAUGAGCACAGCAGGAGCAGGGCAGUGGUCAUUGGUGAUGGUGGCAAUGCCACCGUGAGAACGGGGGAGCAGGGCAGUGGUCACUGUGAGGUGGUGGUGGCAAUGCCACCGUGAGCACAGCAGGAGCAGGGCAGUGGUCACUGCAGGGGCAGCAAUGUCACCAGGAGGAGCAGGGCAGUGGCCAGUGUGAGGUGGUGGUGGCAAUGCCACCAUGAGCAGUGGUCACUGUGGUGUGAUGGUGGCAAUGCCACCAGGAGUCCAGAGGAGCAGGCCAGCGGUCACUGCCUGGUCACACACAGGUCAGGCAGACCUAAGACAGGUUCCUCUCCACACCUUUGCUGAUACGUAGAUUUUUUUUUUUUUAAGAAAUAAAAGGUAGCUGCUGCUUGGAGCUUUCCAUGGCGUACAUCUAAUAAAUAAAUUAACCUGCGCCCUUCCUGUAACUUGAGCUGCUACGUUGGGCCGGCUCGGGAGGAGCUGUCCCUGGGCUGGUGGCAGCGGCUCCAGCCUGUGCCCUCCCUCGGGAAUCACCGCGGCUUCCCCGGCUGCUGCCGAGGGAGCGGCUCGGGCAGCGCCAUCCAUCCCUGCCGAACGCGCCCUGUCAGUGCCUUCGGAGAAUGGCAAGGCUGGGAUUUUCCAAGGAGCCUGAUCCCGGCAGCGUUUGAGCAUCUGGAUUCCUCCUGGCACACCUGGCUCACAUCCCGUGUGAAGGAGAGAGGGGUCGGGUGGUGAUGCUUGUCCUGUGAGCUGCAAGGGGCUUUCUCCACGGAGGAACAUCCUCUCCAGUUUAGCUUCUUUUUAAUUAAAAACCCCAAACUUCACUGCUAAAGGCAGUGCUCUUUGGCGGUUUUUUUCUUUCUGGUUUUGAGAACUGGAGAGCAGAACCCCUGUCUGGAUCCUCAUGUCGCCCUCCCAUUGCACCAGCUGUUGAGAUGCACUAUGCUUGAUUGCAGAUUGUGUUCUAACGUUUAUUUUGUUGUUGGUUUUUUGGGUUUUUUUGGUAUACAGUUGUUGCCUUUAUUUGUAAAAUCCUGUUAUAAAUAUAUAUAUAUAUUAUAUAAAUAUAUUAAAAGUUAAAAUGUU